CCGUAAGUGUAUAAAAAUCUUUUGAUCUAAAAACUCUUUGCAUCUUCCUCUGCUUUCUCCCUUGCAACCCUUUUACAUCAUCUUCUUCUUCUUGUCAGCUUUCGUAUAGGGUCCAUUGUUUUUUCAACCAUGGAUUCUGAUCUGGUUCGUUCCAAGAAGAGUAUCAAACGAGCAGAAUCCACCAAAUCACAUCUAUGGUGGUGGGAUAGUCAUGUAGGCCUCAAAAACUCCAAGUGGCUCGAGAAUAACCUCGACGAGAUGGACAGGAGCGUGAAACGGAUGGUGAAGUUGAUAGAAGAAGAUGCAGAUUCGUUUGCCAAGAAGGCAGAGAUGUAUUACCAAAAGAGACCUGAGCUCAUUAGCCUUGUGGAUGAGUUUCACCGUACGUACCGUUCUCUAGCCGAGCGUUACGAGAACAUCACCGGAGAGUUGAGGAAAAGCUCUCCUCCCUUAGAGCUUCUUCAGUCACAGGGCUCAGGCUUCUCUGACGUCUCCUCCUCUGACCUCAUCUCCACUGAGCUUAAUAAUAAUAGGUUAGGACGUCCUCCUUCCCGUCGUGCUCCUGGUUUUGACUACUUCCUUGGCUCUGGAGGAGGACUUCCCUCUGAUCUUUAUCUCAAAGAUGGAGAUGAUUAUGCUUCUGUUACGGACUCUGAACUCGAAUCUGAUGAUUCUUCUGUGACUAAUUGUCCUGAGAGCUUGUUGGUAAGGGUGAAGAGUGAGAGUAAAUUUGUUGAUCUUCCUUCUAAACUUGCUGCUUGUGAGCAAGAACUGAGAGAUGCAAACGACAAGAUACAGAACUCAGAAGACCAAAUCUUUAUGUUAAAGAGUCAGCUCGCUAGAUACUUGCCAUCCGAGUUGGAUGAUGAACAUGGUGAAGAGGCAGCUUCCACACAGGACAUGGACGUUCAGUCUCUGUCUGAAGAGCUGAGAGUUACAAGGCUGAGGCUUAGGGAGGCGGAAAAAGAAAACGGAAACAUGAGAAAAGAAGUUGAGAGGCUCAAGAGCCUGCAGAACCUGCUUGACUCGGCGCAGAAAGAAACUGCAGCGUGGAAAAGCAAGUCUAGCGCGGAUAGGAGAGAGGUGGUGAAGGUGCUGGAUAGAGUCUCCAUGUUGAAAUCUAGUUUAGUAGGUAGGGAUCAUGAGAUCAGGGAUCUGAAGACGGCUUUGUCUGACGCAGAAGAGAAGAUAUUCCCGGAGAAGGCGCAGGUCAAAGCCGAGAUAUCUAAGCUCUUGGAGGAAAAAACACACCGUGAUGAGCAGUUCAAGGAGCUGGAAGCUCAUGUGCGUUAUCUUGAAGAGGAGGUAAGAAGAGUGACCAAUGAGAAAGAGGAAGAGGAGGAAAGGCUGAAGGGAGAAAUGGAGGUUUUGACAAUGGAGAAGGCAGAGAAAGCGAGAUGCGUAGAGACGUUAACCAAAAAAGUGAGUGAGCUCGGAGACGAGAUGAAAGUAAAAGACAGUAGGAGAAUAGAGAUGGAGAAGGAGCUGGAGAAGCAGAGGAGGGAGGUAGAGGAAGUAGCUGAAGAGAAGAGGGAAGUGAUAAGACAACUCUGCUUCUCACUUGACUACUGCAAAGAUGAGUGUAAGAGACUACGCGAUGGCUUUUCAGGAUAUCCACCUAUCAGACCAUCCUCCAUUCUUGCUUCUUGAUUCUGAUGUAUAGCAAAUAUAUGUAUACUCUUUGUAACUUUAUUUGUAUUGCUCUUCCACAUAUAGAAAGCCGUUUUUGGUUUGGUGAAAAGAAGAUUUGUUUUUGACAUCA